AUGAUAUUUCUUUUACUUGGGACGAUAACUCAGAUUGUUCUCAGCAAAGAUCAUGUAAUUCACGAUGGUGGAUAUUGUGGCACACAUGCUAUGCCGUAUCGAGUAUCAGUCAACGAUCAGGGAAGAUUAAAACUAUCGUGCAACUCUCUACCAUCGUGUAUCGAUCUAGAGCAAAACGAUCAAUCUUCACGAAAUCAAAGCAAGGAGGAGGAUGAAACAGCAGUGAAAUGUGACCCCUUCAAAGAGACCGUUUGUAGUGGAGAAUUGGAAUGGACUGCUGGUUUAAUGGAAGUCACCAACGGGAGUCGAAACAUAUUGAAGGCUGCAUGUUGUUCGUAUCAUGGCAUGAAGUAUUCGCGGUUGAUGAAAACCAUAUUCCUUGGACACGAUGACAGAUUUGAUGGAGGUUUAGUCCAAAUGUCGGAUAAUAAGCCAGCGUUUGAUGUGAUUAAGGAAGUACGAAAAACGAUGAACAGUGACCAUAAGAUGCAAUACAUUGUUACAGUCCACAGAAUUGUAUGCGAUACCGUGGUGGUUACGGAAUGCCGGGUCGGCGACGACACCCUUAUAGAAGGCGUCCAUCGGCGAGAACCUACGAUGAUGAGUACUAUGACUAUGAAUAUGAGGUUUACGUCCCUCGACAGAUGCUAUCAAGCUGUAGCACCGCAAUUCCGCGCCCAGCAAGUACCCCUCCAGCAGGCGCCCUACCAACCGAUAGCAGUCCAACAGGCUGCACCAGCUCAGUACCCAUCUCAGUACUACCCCUACUACCCGAAUAAUCCCGGCCUGAAUACGAUAUUUGAGCAAAUGCAAUGCUUCAGCGGUGAUAUGGAGGUUGAGACCCCAUACGGCAUGAAAGCAAUCAAGGACUUGAAAGUCGGCGAUAUGGUACUGAGUAUCGACGAGUUUAUGAUAACCUUUUCGCCUGUGAUAAUGUUUCUUCAUAAACUCGAGGAGGAACAUGCUGAAUUCCUGCACAUACACACGGAACAGGGCGAUUCCCUGAAGCUCACUGAGAACCAUCUACUGUACAUAACUAAUUGUGGCAGUAGUGAUCCACUUCACUUGACGGCUGCUAAGGAAGCCCGACCAGGGCAGUGUCUUCAGAUUACAACUGAAAACUUCGAUCUCAUCUCAAGACGUAUCACAUCGAUAUCCAAGGUCAUAGAGACUGGUAUUUACGCUCCACUUACCAGUACUGGUGAUAUUGUAGUAAACCGCUACCUCGUUUCGUGCCAUUCAAAUCUCGCCCUCAAAACGCUUCAGCAGACGUUCUUCAGUGUUUACCGUAGUCUUUCAAAUGUACUACGUGAUUUACUUCCAAAAUAUGUUCAAGAUGAUGCCCAUCUUCCUGCCGGCGUUCACUACUUGACUACUGUAGCGGACCUGUUCCUUCCAAAUUCUUUCUUAUGA